AUGGUUCCAGACAGUCUUCUCAGUGUGUUUGAUGAAUACGAAUUAGAAGUGAGUGACGUGCUUAUCCUACUUAAAACUUUGUUAUUACUAUAACAAAAUCCUCACAUCUGAUUGGCCACCAGCAGAGCUGAUUUUACCAUUAAUUAUUAAUUUAGUAGGACAAUGUAAUUAGACAGCGCGAGACAUGUAAUUAGACAGCACGUUUGCGCUAAAAAGGACUUUUUUCCUCACGUCUUGCCAAACAAGGUCUCUUUGUUUACACUAAACAAAAGUUGAAACUUUUACAAAUUGUUAUUAAGGAGGAGCUCAUGCAACGUGUAUAUAUAUUUAUGAGUGAAGAUGUAUUAACACCUAUUUCCCAAACGUGGUUAAUUUUCAAACUUUGCGUUACACAACUAGUAGAAGCGUUUGUGUAACAAAUUUUGCGCCAUUCUUUCGAACAAUAGCAGCAAUGUCGAAAUCCUUUCCGACUUGGUUUCGCGCAUUUUCCUGCGCUUAGUCGUUGGUUUUUUUGUUUCGAGCUCUGAUUGGUUCAUUGGAUUGUGUGCCUGUGCUGUUAUUGGCCAGAAUAAUUAGUGUUCUGAAGCGCAGAAACGACAUCCAUGAAAAGCGCUAAUUUCACUUUUCUCCUUAGACUCUGGAUUGGUUUUGGACGAUAGUGACUAGUUUUACUUAAGAAGAACUUGCCCGGUUGGUUCAGUUCAUUACAGGAUUCUCUCAGCUGCCUCCUGGAGGAUUUGCUGAGCUUUCUCCACCAAUACAGAUCUCUUCAGUUCCCACAGCAGACGCACUGCCUACCGCACAUACCUGGUGGGUGAAAUAUCGUAUUUUUCGCGUGUCUCCCCUACCCACUCCCCCUCCCCCGGCCGUCUCAGUCGUUUUUUUUUUGUGAGCGAAGCUGAGACUUGCAGAAAGGAUGUAUCAUCUAAAGAAUUCUUCCUUAAUUGUCGGAGGAAAAAAAAAUACUGUGGAACGCGUUUGUGAAAAUUGUCCUCAUUGUGCUCCUGUGUUCCCAGUCCCUGAGAGAAGGUUCCAGCACUCGGCAAAUAGCUUGACUUUGCGCUGUACCCAUAUUGUGGUCUCAUUUGCUCAGAAGCCCUUUUAGCUAAAGUAGCAAGACCGACCACUUGCUGUAAAGGUAGACCACCACACCGGGUACUACGUUCCCUACGUAACAGUGUGUGAGUUCUUUAGCGUCCUACAUGCAGAAAUAACUAUACGUACAAGGGUUGUGGGACAGGGCCUAUGGUUUAUCGUCCUUAUCCGAGAAGACUAGAACUCAAACCGUUUUCAGAGAAGAAAGAAAAGGCAGCACAUUCUGCUCAGUUAUUGAAAGACCCUGAGUGUUGCUCCGGUCGGGGUUUGAACCCCCGGUCUCCCCGUCUCUCCGGCAGACCGGAGCUUAUCCAACUGAGCUAACCGGGUGUUACCGUCUUUUCUUUCUUUAGCUUCAACCAGCUUUGUUUACCUUCUUACUCAUCGUUCAAGGAAAUGCAGAAGAAACUGUUGCUGGCAAUAAACGAAGGAAGCGAAGGAUUUGGUUUUGCCUGA